AGCGCAGCAACUUUGCCUCGUAGACUUCGUCGCCAUCGUUGACAACUCCUGCCUCUUCUUAUAUUCUUACACAGCCGCGUGCAGGCGGCAGACUGGAGCGCACUCAAGCCCUCGUGGAAAAGUCGAUGAUACAGUUACGACUGACGGGUGUUCCUGCUCGACGUACUUGUGCCUUACGCGAGAACUUGGUCGAUGGCAAGUCAAGCCAUGAAAGGAUCCAAACCACCGAUUGCCAAGGGUCCUUUACUCACUGCAGGUCAGAUACGACUGACUUGCGGCAGCCAGUUACAGACACCGGGCGCCUGAUGUGACGAGCACUCUUCCGCUAGUUACACGCCCCGUGAUCCCGGCUGCACCUAAAAAGAUCAGCCGGCUCUCUUCGCUUUGUUGACUUCACACAAAUAUCAAAUUUCUUGCGAAGUGCCCCGUCCUCUAUAACAAAGACUUGCGUCUGUUAGACGAAUUUUUGAUGGUCUCUAGUUAGAAGAAAGUGUCAAAUCCCUCUGGUGUCGUGAGCCCUUGCAAACGCGCGCAUUUUUCACUCCUGAGGUCGCUCCAGUAUUCUGAAGGUUCUGCUGUCUCUGCAUAAGGAGGUCGAAGGUCGAGAAAUCAGUGAGGUCUGGCAAGUUAUCCAGAGCUGUACGUGAAUGGAACGCAGUCACGAUCAGGGAACUGAUAGCAUGUCUGCGCGAUCACGGGGGCCUCCGAUUCCGCCUCCUGCUGCGUUGGAGACGCAGAGCACCUCCAGCGGCAGUUUAGAUGAUUGGCUUUGGAAGAAAUACCCGGACGAAGAGGCGAUCGCUCCUUCGCGCUCGUACGGGAGAGUGUAUCCGCCUCCACGCAGUACUUCCUCGGAACCAGCUGCAAAUGGUCGGCAGGAUUCCACAUCAGACUCUCACGCAGAUGGAUCGAGCCACGGGCGCCAUAGCUUUUCGACCACCCUGGCUCCGUUACAGGUCGAGAAAUACUCAUCCUUGUACGGAAGCGGGGCACCUCCGCCGCUGUCGUCAGAGUCGGAGAAAUUGGUCGCCGCUCGCAUUCAUGAGCUCUCGCAGCUGCGGUCUCCUCUGCUGCGCGAGCUGGCCAAGAGACUGGGCGACGUCUUCCACAUUAACACGCCCAAAUACGUAGAGGAGAAAGAGGACGCAAAAUUCCACACCUACAGCCAUCUGGAAGUGAAGGACCGAUGGCGAGACAUCCAAGGGGCCUUCGGGUGGGCCGGGCUUUUGGAGCCCAUCGAUCCGGUCCUGCGCGCUGAGAUCGUCAGAUAUGGCGAAUUCGCUCAAGCAACGUACGAUGCGUUCGACUCGGCCCCGACGUCCAAGUACUGCGGGAGCUCCAAAUACUCCAAGGCCGAGCUGUUCGAAAAAGUUGGCCUCCAGCGCCGAGGCUACGAGAUCACGCACUUCCUCUACGCGACGAGCGAGCUGCCUCUGCCGAAACUCUUCAGCAGAUCCUCCUCCGACGACCCAUGGAGCAAGGACUCGAACUGGAUCGGAUUCGUGGCCGUGUGCACGGCGCCGGACGAGAUCGCCAGGCUCGGCCGAAGGGACAUCGUCAUCACCUGGAGGGGCACCAUGAGCACCUUCGAAUGGAUCGAGGACCUGCGCGAUUACAUGGAACCGGCGGGCUUCGACCCCCGUCACGAGAGCGGGACGGAGCACGUCAUGGUGGAGGCCGGAUUCCUGAGCGUGUACAGAUCGUCCAAUUCCAACUCGCGCUACAACAAAACCAGCGCGCGCCAGCAAGUGCUCGAGGCCGUGCGCGAGCUCGUCGGUAAGUACAGCAGUGACCCGUUCCCUCUGAGCAUCAGCGUCACGGGCCACAGCCUGGGCAGCGCUCUGGCCACUCUCUGUGCGUACGACAUCGCCGAGUCCGGCAUGAACUCGCUGCAGCAAUGUCCCAAAGUGCCCACCAAUUGGUACGACGAGGAUCACGCCUCCCAGAUUUCCAGGUCUUACCAGCUCAGCUUGUGGAACACCGACGGCAGGCAGCUCGAGAGAGCGCAGCCCAAAGCGCGCAGGAGGUCGGUUUUUAAAAACCUGAAGGCGUUGCUGGAGGAUACAGUCGGCGAUGUCAGAGAGAAGCUAGGGUGGAAUUGGGAUCUCGACCCCCAAGAAUAUCAAGCUGCUGCGCCUGUUGCCGCCGCUAAUGCAGGAGCCGGUGAGCGCGUGUCGAAAUUCUCUCCCGACAAAAUUCCCAUCACCGUGUACUCGUUUGCCGGGCCGAAAGUCGGAAACGCCGCGUUCGCCAAUCGAUCGGAGAAGCUCGGUGUUGCGGUGCUGCGCAUCGUCAAUGUGAGAGAUGUGGUGCCCAAGGUUCCCGGGCUGGAAAUAUUCGCCAAGACCCUUAAGGUUAUCCAACCUUUCGUGCCGUCGGUUCCGUCGUACAAGCACGUGGGUGUGGAGCUGAUCAUCGACAAUUACAAGUCCCCUUAUCUGAGAGAAACCAAGAACUGGCGGAUUACGCACGAUCUCGAAGGCUAUCUGCAUCUCGUAGAUGGUUACCAUGGCUUCAAUUUGCCCUUCGAGAAAACUCUUCGGUGUAUUGCACUUGCGAACAAGAAACAGGAUUUUCUGAAACCUGAGUAUUUUAUUCCGCCCAUGUGGUGGCAGGAGGAGAACAAGGGUAUGAUUCGAGACGAGAACGGCGAGUGGAUACUUCCCACACGAGCCAUUGAGCUGUUUCCACCCUCGCCCAUCUCUGAGGCUGAGAACAUCCAUGACAGAGACUUCAGGCAGUUUUUGAGGAGUGUGUCGAUAGCUUUGGAGACGUCGGAAUCUGAACCGAUCGAAGAUGGUUCUCCAUAAAUGAUCGAUGCCCCCCCUCUCUCUUUCCUUCCUUUUCAACCUCAUAGCCCGGGUAGACUUAGUUCAGAGGUCCCAAAAUUCAGAGGAUGAUGUCUUGCAAUUGGCUUCAGAAUUUGCAGGUAUGUACAGUAGUUUUACGAACGCUUCUCUAGUUCGGGCCACCGGUAGUGGUAGUUCAUAAGCUUAGUCAGUACAGAUGGUUUUUGUGAUGGUGCACCUGAAUCUGCUCAUAGGUACAUUGGCCCAAGUGCAUAUCAUAGAAUGAAACAAUUACACUUGAUAUGAUUAGCUUCACCACAUUCAAAUUAAUCCCCGAAUAUCAGCUAUUAAAAGUUAGACCUCGGAUUAAUUGUUCAAAUAGUGUUGGCAUGAAACACGCACACAAAUAGAAAGUAUACUGUAUGUGAGACUCCACAGGCCAUUAGCCCGUGCUAAUUCAACUGGGUUAAAUAAACUUCCAACCGUGGGAGCGGCCUGCCUUCAGAGCAUCUCAUAUCACCACGUCCCCGACAUUUCUUUCACAAAUCUUCGCAUCCAAUGGAGGGUUCGUCGGUUCUGAGACUAGUACUUUUCUUUCUGAGAUCGGUCUUCUCCUUGAUUCGUAUUGUCUGCACCAAUGGAAUGAGUGGUCACUUGACUAUUUCAUUGUGCAUUCGUCCAGUUUUUCCCUUAGUCUCCUCAUUUUUCGAUUCAGGAAUUUUACAUUGUUCGUCGUGCUGCUCCUGCUCUGUG